AUGCUCUCUCUCUCUCUCCUUUAUUUUGCAUCCCUCUCCAUCUCUCUCAUUUUAUCUUUGAAUAAUUUAUGUUGUCUUUACUUCUUUCUUUAUGGCUUUGUUACUUAUUUAUCAUGCCUGUCCCUCUCUGCUUUAUUUAACAUACUUAUACAUCCCUUUCUCUCUCUAUCCCUCUCUCUCUCUAUCCCUUUCUCUCUCUCUCUCUAUCCCUUUCUCUCUCUCUCUCUAUCCCUUCUCUCUCUCUCUAUCCCUUUCUCUCUCUCUCUCUCUCUCCCUCUCCCUUUCUCUCUCUCUCUCUCCCUCUCCCUCUCUCUCCCUAUCUCUCUCUCGCUAUCUCUCUCUCCCUAUCUCUCUCUCCCUCUCUCUCUAUCUUCUCUCUCUCUCUAUCUCUCUCUCUCCCCUUUCUCUCUCUCUCUCCCUUUUCUCUCUCUCUCUUUCUCUCUCUCUCUCCCUUUUCUCUCUCUCUCCUUUCUUUCUUUCUUUCUCUCUCAAAAAAAAAUCUUUCUUUCUCUCUCUCUCCCUUUCUUUCUUUUUCUCUCUCUCUCCUUUCUUUUUUUUCUCUCUCUCCCUUUCUUUUUUUUUCUUUCUUUCUCUUCUCUCUCCUCCCUUUCUUUCUUUCUCUCUCUCUCUCCCUUUCUUUCUUUCUCUUUUUCUCUCUCCUCUUUCAUUCUCUCUCCUUUCUUUCUCUCUCUCCUCCCCUUUAUUUCUCUCUUUCUCCCUUUCUUUCUCUCUUUCUCUCCCUUUCUUUCUCUCUCUCCUUUCUCUUUCUCUCUCUCUCUCCCUUUCUUUUCUCUCUUUUCCUUUCUCUCUCCCUUUCUCUCUUUCUUUUUCUCUCUUUCUUUUUUUCUCUUCUCUCUUUCUCUCUCUCUUUCCUUUUCUCCCUCUCUUUCUCCCUUUCUUUUUUUCUUUCUUUCUCUCUCUCCCUUUUCUUUCUCUCUUUCUUUCUCUUUUCUCUUUCCCUUUCUUUCUCUUUCCCUUUUUCUCUCUCUCCUUUCUUCUCUCUCCUUUCUUUUCUCUCUUUUUUUUCUUUCUCUCUCUCUCCCUUUCUUUCUUUCUCUUCUCUCCCUUUCUUUCUUUCUCUCUCUCUCCCUUUCUUUCUUUCUCUCUCUCUUUCUUUUUUUUUUCUCUCUCUUUCUUUCUCUCUUUCUUCCUUUCUCUCUUUUUCUCUCUCUCUCUUUCUUUCUUUUUCUCUCUUUUCUCUCUUUCUUUCUCUUUCUCUCUCCCUCUUUCUCUCUUUCUCCCUUUCUCUUUCUUUUUUUCCUUUUUUUUCUCCCUCUUUCUCACUUUUCUCUGUUUUUCUUCUUUUUCUUUCUUUCUUUUUCUCUCUCCCCUUCUCUUUCUUUCUUUUCUUUUUUCUUCUCUCCCUUUCUUUCUUUUCUUUCCCUUUUCUCUUUCUCUCUCUCCCUUUCUUUUUUUUUUCUUCUUUCUUUCUUUCUUUCUCUCCUUUCAGAAAAGAAAUUUCUUUCUUUCUUUCUUUCUUUCUUUCUUUCUUUCUUUCUUCCUUUUCUUUCUUUCUUUCUUUUUUUUUCUUUUUUCUUUCUCUCUUUUCUUUCUUUCUUUUUCUUUUUUUCUCUCUCUUUCUUUCUUUUCUUUUUUCUUUCUUUCUUUCAUUUUCUUUUCUCAUUUUUUCUUUCUCUCUUUUUCUUUUCUUUCUUUCUCUCUCCCCUUUCUUUCUUCCUUUCUUUCUUUUUCUUUCUCUCUCCUUUUCUUUCUCUCUCUCCCUUUCUUUCUCUUUCCUUUCUUUCUCUCUUCCUUUUUUUCUCUCUCCUUUCUUUCUCUCUCUAA